GACCCGGUUAAUACAUUACUAAACUAUUAAUAAAAUGCAUUUAGUGUACACCAGAAUACAACCAUGGUUCUGGAACCAAGUGAUUAAUAAAGAAAUGAGAAUAACUACUGUAAUUUUGAAAGUGUAAUCAAUAGAAUAAUACCAAUGUAUAGUUAUGAUUGUAUUCAAUGUAAUGUAAUCAACCGAAAUGCGUUCAUGUAAUACUUGAUAGCACCACAACUGAUAUUGACUGAGAGACAUUUGAAAUCCGAGUUACAUUGAACUCACCAGAAGACCUCUCCCAGAGGGCGUGGACACUAACUUUCACACCCUUACUGAUCUAUAUAAAUACAUGCAGGCACCCAUUGUUUCCUGGUGGAGGCAAUCGACUGCAGUAGCAAAGGUCAAAGGACUCCCUGUGGUCUUUUGAUUGCAGAGACCAGCGGCUCCUCAGCUGAGAUGUUCUUUUUAGCACAACACCUUUUCCUUUAUUAAAUACUUUUCAUUUUACUUUUUUAAUUCCAAGAUGUCUUCUGUCCGUCCAGUGUUUCUUCAUUUUUUUAACUUAACAUUGUCGAGCUGCGUAAUGGCAACCUGGCUCCAUAGCCCCCCCUUCUUGAGUAGCCCCAGAAUAAGGUUUCGCUCAGCUGUGUGGCAACACAAAUGGGAGUCGGCCAGUCAGUAAAGUUUUGCAGCUCGGACUGGGAAGAGCUGGGCACAUGCCGUCAGAAAGGUGACAGUGAGGAGAAGCCUACUGUUGUGGCGUCAUGUCUAAGUUCACUGAGUAAUCAGGAGGCACCGGACCAAAGCGCUGAUCAGCCGUCAUUGACGGAGCUGCUGGAGGAGGCUGCAGAAGGAAUGCAUCUACUCUCAGACAAGCUCCCACCUCCAGGUAAAGCCUUGUUGGAUGUACUGGUGUUGGGCUCCACAGAGCAAUCUCCUCCUAUGAAAGACCUGCUGCCUCUGCUGGGAGCCCUCAAACAAUUGUCCCACUGGCAUGCUGCUAAGAUCACUGUGGUCACACAGCACACCACUGGGUGGCAGAAAGUAGCGUCUUACCUGAGUGCCGGUCUGGUGGAGCCUGCUGACCUACUUGACUGCAUUGAUCACAGGGAACUAUGGAGGGGCGCCCUGGUUGUCAGAGAGAAGAAGUCUGUGUCGGAGCUCCGGUUUGACGGCUUUUCUCUGCGCUCUCUAUUGCGUCACACAGCAGGGACCAGUGUCCUCCAAGCUCCCUUUAUUACCACGGACCACCAACUGCAGUCCGAGGUCUUUCAUUACUACGCACCGGUUUUAGAUUUGGUUCAACUGGUUAAUUUGUCGGAGCUGCCUGGCUUUCUGAUGUCCACAAGCCAGUUUGAACUAAGCGUGUCUGGGAAGUCGAUGAAAGAGAAGCUGCUGUUGGACCAGUUGAAGUCACUGCGUGGAAAGGUCGGAGCAUUGUUCAGCAUGACGUGCAUAAUAACCCAAAUUGCUCAGCAUGCAGCGAGUCAGCUCAGCUCGCAGCGCUGGAGGGAGUCCGUAGCCGGGAGACCAAAGUCCUUACCCGUGCCUGACGUAGAGGUCAAAGGUGAAAUCGCUCACUACCUCCUCUUGGUCCAGGGCUCCGAGGUCGUGGGUUCUGAAGCCUGCACGGUCAGAAUGUUGCACUCAGAGAGUCAAAUCAAUGGAGCGGCUGCUAUGGCAACCAUCUCAGGGUUGCUGAGAGCGAAGUCUCAGUCAUCAUCAGGAGGCGCUGUGAGCAGCAUCUUCUCUCUUCCCUGUCUCCAAGGAGCCGGCCUGCUGAAGAGGGAGAAGAAGGUGAUCCGAGUCCAGACGCUGGUGGUCAAAGAAUACCUCAGACAAAAAGAAGAAGCGUCUGCUUCAAACUCGAUACCUGUCAAUGACUUGAAAGUCAUUCUGGGUCUGGCCAGGAAGCAGUAUCUGAAGAUGAUUGACUCCACUCUGCCCUCUGCUGCCACCUGUCUGACACACGUGGAGGAGAGCACAGCCGCCGAGAACUCACGUUUUCCAACCACGUCCCACCAGCUUUCGCACUGGCCUGAAAGAAGUGUCCUCCACAACAUAGAGAACUUGCAGAGGAGAAGACAGAAGAGAAGAUUUGGUCUGUUAGGUCCAGGCUCAAGUGACAGUCUACUGGGUCCUAAAGACAGUCAAAAGAGUUCUACGGCAUUACUGGACGCCAAAGAACUAUUAAAACAUUUCACGUCUGAUGGCAUGCCCACUGGGGAUCUACAACUACUCGCUAUCAACAGAGGUGACAACGUGUUCCAGUUGUCACCAGACCUUUCUCCCAGGAGAAUUAGCCAGAUGCCCUUCAACAAAGCCUCCGUGUCCCAUUACCACGGCAUAGAAUUCUGUCUGGAUAAUCAGCGGUCCUUGGAUCGGGACCAGGCCUUCGUAAAACUACAGUCCCGUCUGAUUCGACACGAGACCCAAACAACCUGCUCCAAGGAGCCCUGUGCACUCCCGUUUGCCCUCAGCCCCGCCCCCUCCCCCGCCGUGAUGUCAGAACCAGGAAGCGUGCCUGACGGAGAGACUCUGCAGAACGCUGAUGUAGCGCGACUCAAGCGCAGGUCGUGGGACACGGACGCCAUUGGUGGUCAUCCCCGCAAGAGGCUGGUGAAAUCGGAGAGCAGCGACUCCCUCUGUUCUCAGAGCAGUGGCAGCAGUGGCCCACUCGCUGCUAUCCGGUCUCUACGACAACAGCCCAGCAGAUCCCAGUCGAUAGCCUCAGGUUUGGCGACUCUUGCUGACAAACCUCAGCAGCCGAAGAGGUAUUCUGAAAAUGCAGAGGACAAACCUUCCCAAGAGUCCCGUUCCCAGAAACACAACAGGAUGCUGCAGGAGGUAGUGGCUAAAGCGCUCAAACACCACGGGAUCACAGCCGAGCAUCAGUGCUUUGAGGCCUGCAGCAAAAGACUCUUUGAUAUCUCAAAAUUCUAUCUCAAGGAUCUGAAGACUUCUCGUGGUUUGCAUGAGGAGAUGAAGAAGGCCGCCAGCAGCAACGUUAAACAGGUCAUUGAAUGGGUGUUGGAGAAGACCUCAAAGAAUUAAAGACCAUCUGAAAAACGAUGAGAAAAAAUGUUUUUGUCUCGUAGCUAAAAGAUGAUUCCAAUUUCUUUUAUUUAAUUUCUUUCAAAGUGUGUAGUUUGUAAGCCUACAGAUUAGCUUUGAUGAGUUAAAAUGAACUUAAUCCUUUAUCUACUUUUUAUAGUGUCUUCCAUGAAGACGAUCAUAUAUUAACAUUUAUUUUUUGAGUUGUGUAAUAUAAUUUGUGGCCGUAUAUAUUUCUCCAAUAUUCCCACUGCUCCUGAGUCUUGAAACUGAACAAAAUUGAAAUUCUGCAUUCUGAGUGGCAACAAAGGCUUAAACCUGGGCCUCAAGUUGCUGCUUUAUUAUCUUUGUAACAUGACUUUGAAUCCUUUCCCACUUGUACAUUUUGUACAGUGUACAUUUCUAAAUACUAUUAUUUCAUAUCUUUGAUUGCACAUAUUUCAAAAAUAAAAUACAUA